GGUUACUCCAUUUAUCUUAUAAAAAUAAUAGUUUAAAUCGUUAAACUAAUUUGUAAAUCAAUCCAGGUAUGGCGGAGACUAAAAACAUGAAAAUCAGAACAAGUGACACCAUUUUUCACUGUUUUCCCUAAUAAAUAUGUUUUCUAAAAUGUCACUGAAUUCAUCUGAUCCUCACGACCAGUGUCAUAGUAGCGGGUCUAAAGUAGGAAACAUCGGUUCUAAAACAAAAUAUAGAGCUUUAAACAAAAGUUCUUCAGUGGACGAGCUUUUAUUUGGCAGUAAAGGUAAAAUUGCUCAUGAUGAAAAGAAAAAAGAAGUUCUGAAAAAACCUGAAGUGAUUCAAGUUAUAACUAAAGAUAUGAUUCGAAAACUGAGGGUACGCAGAGAAGAUCCAUCUGGAAAAACAGUGGUUUUAUCAUCUGAAGAGUAUAACAGAAUCAAAAAUGCAGCUCGUGUCUUAACUAUAGAAGAAAAGAAAGCGUUGUAUGAAAAGAAAAAAUUAGAACUGAAAAAACUUCAAGAAGAUGUGGAGUGUAGAAAAAAGACAAUGCAUCAAAUGGAGCUUGAUAGAAGAAGCAAUGAAAAACUUUCAGAUAUUGAACAGGAAGCAAAAGAGAGAAAUCAGUUUUUGUUGGAAAAAGCAAUGGCUCAAAUAGAAGAAGAAGAUGAUGAAAUAAAAAAACUAAAUGAGGUAAUUAUAAAUGCCAAGUGUCAUGCGAUUCGCGAUAUGCAACUUGUUGAAAAAGUUGAAAUAAAAAAGGAAAUGGCAGAAGAAGAGAAAAGGCUUGAUAUAUUGAUGGAAAAUGAUCGAUUGCGUGCCCUAGUUGAAUAUGAAGACAGAGAAAAUGUUAAACGUAUACAAAGACUAAAGGGUGCUCAAUUAUUGCACCAACAAAUUGAGGAAAAUGAACAGCAAAGUAUAUUAGAACAAGAAAAAAAGGAACAUGAAACUAAAGCCAUGCUUCAAUAUUUGGAAAAACUGCAAAAAGAGGAUAAAGAUGCGUUAAUAAAAAAGCGUGAAAACCAAAAAACACUACUACAUGAUGUUGCAAGAGCAUAUCAGGAUACAAAACAAAUCAAAGAGAGGCAAAAACAACUCGAACAAUUAGAAGAUAAAAAAGUCACUGAGUAUCUUAAAGAAAAAGAGAUGAGAGAAGAAAUGUUUGAAGUAGAAAAAAAAGUGUUACAGUUUGAGAAAGAAAAGGAAAUUGCUCGUCUAAGAAAACAGCAAGAGAAUGCUAAAGAUAAACACAAUGAAAAGGAAGCGCUACGGGCUAAAAGAAAUCAAGAAGAAAUUGAGCGUGAAUGGAGAAAAAAAGAAAGGGAAAGUGCUAUAAAAAAAGCAGAAGCUGAAAAAAAGUUACACCAAGCCAGAGAAGAACAAAUUUCCAACAGAGAUCAUUUGUUGGCUGUUCAGGCCGCAAGAGAUAGGGCAGAAUUCGAAAGAAGCUUACAAGCUCAGCGAAUGCAAGCCCAAAAGGAUGAAGAAUAUAGUCAGGAGUUUUUGCAAAAACGAGCACUGUAUGCUGAUAAUGUACGCUAUCAAAUCAAAGAAAAAGAAAAGCAAAGAAUUAUGGAGCGACAGUCAUUUUUUCAAGAAGGUAUUAAGCUAGAUAACGAAGCUAAAGAAAGAAGACAAAAAUUAGAUGAAAUUAAAAGAAGGAAAUUAAAAGAACUUAGAGAAGCUGGUGUUCCAGAUAAGUACGUUACGGAAGUAGCUAGACGCAUUGAUAGGCCAGCAAUGUCUUUAUCAAAUAUGGUUUAAUGCUAGUAAUUUUUUAGUUUUCAUAA